AUGAUGGACUCGGACGAAGACGAUAUCUACCCGGAGCACGAUGAGUCGAACGCCCAGAGGCACCAGAGUGAGGUGAAGAUGGAGGAUGGUGAGGAUGGUGAAGAGGAGGGCGAGGAAGUUGAAGAGGAAGACGACGAUGACGAUGUCGACUUCAUCAUCGACGUCAAGGAUGAGCCUAAACCAGAGCCAGGCUCAGGACAAAGUUCUCAGACGAAGCGGCUUCCUGGUCUAGCACAAACUGGCGCAGAUAUACGGAAAUCGUCAUCAACACCGACACCAGCAAUGAAAGCAGGCACGCCCGCAGAUAUCAGAGGUGGAUCCCAACCUCCCAAUGAUCGUCCUGGCACCGACUACCCAGCUCGACACACGUCCAAGAUCGAUCCGAACGGAAAUCCGGUGCACCCAGCCACUGGUAAGCCCAUCAUGUCUACAGAUUUCGAUGUUGACUUUCCCUCGGAAUCAUCAAAACCCUGGCGAAAGCCCGGUGCAGAUAUAACGGACUACUUCAACUAUGGAUUUGACGAGUUUACCUGGGCUUCUUACUGCCUGAAACAGCAGCAGAUGCCUAAAGAAGUGAAAGAGAUCACACAACAAGCAGAACAGAUGAAAGCGUUUGUGGAAGGUAUCCCCGGAGGUGGCAUGCCAGGGAUGCCCGCCUUGCCAGGUGCGCCGGCAGCGGAUAUGUCACAAAUGGCGAUGCCCAAUGAAGCGCAAAUGCAGCAGAUGUUCGCCGCAAUGACGUCUCAAGGGCUGGAUCCAACGACUAUGGACCCUGCUCAGUUCAUGCAGUUCAUGGCAGGUGGAGGAGGGCCAAUGAUGGGACAGCCGCAACCGCCUACUGGUCCCUCUGCUUCGUUUGGAGGGGGCGGAGGAGGUGGUGGAUUUGACCAAGGCGGAGGUGGAGGUGGCUUUGGUGGCCGUGGAAGAGGAAAAGGUGGGAGAAGAAAUUGGUAG